AUGUCUCCAGAUCCCCAUCAAGACACCACAUCCUCAGUCCACAUCAGACUCACACGUCCUCCCAGUCCACACACAUCAAGACACCUAAUGCUCGCAGGUCUACAUCAAGACACCCAUGAAUGUGUCCCUCCAGGUCCACAUCAAAACACCCACACGUCCCCAGGUCCACAUCAAGACACCCACACGUCUUCCGUGUGUCCACAUCAAAACACCACACGUCCUCAGGCCCCUGCUGAUCAAGACACCCACACGUCUUCCAGGUCCCCAUCACAUCUACAACGUCCCUCAGGUCCCCAUCAAGACACCCACACGUCCCAGGUCCACAUCACACACCCACACGUCCCUCCAGUGUGUCCCCCAUCACAUUUGUUAACGUCCCUCAGUAACCCCAUCAAGACAUCUACAAUUGUAACCCUUGCACGUAUGUCUCUGCACGUCCCCCUCCAGGUCCACAUCAAGACACCUACACGUCUCCAGGCCCACAUCAAGCACACCCGCACACGUCUCCAGGUCCACAUCAAGACACCCACACGUCCUCCAGGCCCAUCACACAACGCACACGUCCCCAGGCUCCAUCAAGACGCCCACACGCCCUGUCGACUCACCCAAUAA